AUGUUCUACAAUGCUGCGAAGUUCAACCAACCCAUCGGGUCAUGGAACACCUCGGAAGUCGUGGACAUGAAGGGUAUGUUUUACGGAGCCAGCUCCUUUGAUCAGCCCAUCGGUGCUUGGGACACAAGCAAUGUGGAAAACAUGCGGAAUAUGUUUUCGAUUGCGGUGACCUUCAAUCAAUCGAUGGGGUCCUGGAAGACCUCGGCAGUGGAGAACAUGGAACAGAUGUUUUACGGUGCCAGCUCCUUUGAUCAGCCCAUCGGUGCUUGGGACACGGGCAAUGUCCGAACCAUGAAGGACAUGUUCUACAACGCUGCGAAGUUCAACCAACCCAUCGGGUCGUGGAAUACGUCUGCAGUCGGGGACAUGUCCUUCCUGUUUUCCGGAGCCAGCUCCUUUGAUCAGCCCAUCGGUGCUUGGGAGACUGGCAAAGUCCGAGACAUGAAGGCCAUGUUCGCCUAUGCUGCGAAGUUCAACCAGCCCAUCGGGUCGUGGAACACCUCUGCUGUCACUGACAUGUCCUCGAUGUUCAUAGCAGCAGACUCUUUCAACCAGCCCAUUGGUGGAUGGGACACUUCGCAGGUAAAUGACAUGAGCUACAUGUUUGAAAGGACUGUUGCCUUCGACCGGCCGCUGAAUCAUUGGGAGACCAAGGCUGUCACCAAUUUCUCUGGGAUGUUUUUCCGUGCCAGCUCCUUCAACCAGCCAGUCGGAUUGUGGGACACAUCGGCAGCGACAGAUAUGUAUCGUAUGUUUGCAGGGGCCCAACAUUUCGAUCAGUCUGUCUCGACAUGGAACCUGACAUCAAUCCCUGAUGCCCAAGCUAUGGCCGAAGCUUUCACGGGUUCAGGCAUGUCAACUUGCGUGUUGCGUCUCAGUUCCGAAGCUUCGGGUUUGCCUCCCAGCAUUCGACACACUUGGCAAUAUCAACUCUGUCCCAGCUGCCCUUGUCAAAACACGAACUUGGCAUGUGUGGAUGAAGCCUGUCGACCAGUGAACUCCGGCUUCAUCGAGCUUGGGAGAGGUGCUUGGGACGAUCGAAAUGCAAGUCUGACAACUGCUGUGGGCUUUCGAGCAUGUGUCGAGAGAUGCAAAGACUUGGAGUGUGGUGCUUUCCUUCUGGAAGACUCUGGGCGCUGCUGGCUGAUGGACGACAUGAACGACCAGAGUGAGCUCAGCUUGAUUGGAGGAUCAGGUCGGAGCUACUUGGCGUUUCGCAGGGCCUCGUGCCGCACCUUCUCGUGCCUGGAGGGAACGACGCGGGCGACGACGAGUCUCAACGCUUCAGCCGCGACGGCGACGGUGACGGCGGCCUCCUGUUGCAGGUGCGCUGCUCGCAAAGAGGUUCCCAUUCGGAGCAAGGAACCUGACUUGGAAUGCCAGAGCUGUGCAGCUGGACAAGCUCCCAAGGAUGAUCGUUGUGAAGCAUGCGCCUCAGGCUUUGCCCAAGCUGGUGCUGUGCGAUGUGAAGAUUGCCCUCCUGGAGAGGUUCCUGUGCUUCCGAGCCGCACUGACUGCAGGGCCUGCGCUCCUGACCAGUAUUCCGAUGGUGACAUGUGCCGGUCCUGUUCAUUUCCCCUUCUCUUGCUGGACAACACCUGUGUUUGGUGGCACCUGGUGUUGAUCAUCUUCUUGCUGGCCCUCUCCUCCGGCAUCAUCUUCCUCCUGCAGCACAUGGCCAAGAGGCAUCGACGGAAGCGAGCAGACACCCGCCAAGAGGAGGUGAGUCAGAUCCUUCAAGAGUUUGAGGACGAGCUCUGGGAUGAGAAGCCCGAGACCCUGAACAGGUUCAUGAUGGCCCUCAGCAGCUUUGGCUGGAGCUGCGGCCAAGUCAGUGAGCGAGCACAGGAGUCGCUUGGACAGCAGGUACUUGUGCGCGAAUGUGGGGGAUGUGGCGGGGUGCACUGA